AUGGCUUUGGCACGGUCCCUGGAUAUUGUGGAUCUUUGCAAUCACCAUCUCUUGUUAGUAGGCUUCACCUCUCUGUCCUCUCCCUGCACAGCACGAGGCUGGAUGUGCUGCCCAAAGGGCUGGAAAAGGUUUCAAAGAAGCUGCUAUUUCCUGUCCUCUGACACAAUGAACUGGGCUGAGAGUGAGCAGAACUGCACUGGGAUGGGAUCCCAGCUGGUGGUGAUCAACAGCAAGGAAGAACAGGUUUUCCUCUCCAUGCUAAUAAAACAACCUCCUAGAAGAGAGAAUUUCUACAUUGGUCUGUUCGCAGAGAAGGUGGGCAAGUGGCAGUGGGUGGACAAGACUCCAUAUAAUGUGACAGCAGCGUUCUGGCGACACGGAGAACCAAGUGAUUACCUUGAUGAGAACUGCACGGUAAUGCAUGUGCUUGAAAAAUCUCUCAACAACUGGAAUGACGUCAGAUCAGACUUCAUGCAUCAUCGAAUUUGUGAAGCUGCAGCAGUAACUGUGUGAUGGAAGUACCCCUGUCCUGAGUAAAGCUGGGAGCUGAGCAGUGAGCUGGGAACAGCGCUGGCUGUGCGGGGAGGGGUGGGGAGCCCUGAUACAGCUUCACUGUGUGGGGUGGGACCAUGUGUGUGAAAGUGAAAUGAGCUUUGUCCAGCAUCCCCCGUGCAUGGGGUGGCUCAGGAAACACAGGAAGGCUCAGGCUCACUGAAGCUGGUGCUGUGUUCUUGUGUGCACUCUGAGUGGGUCCAGCAGCCUCCGGCUGAAAAGAAAUGGACUUCUCCAGGAGAAAGACACAGGAAUGGAAGACACAUAUCCAGAGAUUCAAUGUCCUUUGUGUCCUUGAGCAGAGCUGUUUGCUUUUUGUUGAGUCACACAAAAAAAUGUCCUCUAGCUGUACUGGUAUUGCCGAACAAAUUCAGAAAACUUAGACAACAGAAAAUACAAUAUCACACCAAUGAAAAAAGGCUCUGUGCUGUGUCUCUGUAUCUCUUUUUUCCCCCAUCUCCGAGCUGGAAAGCUUUUGUCCUAGAAUCAUGGAAUGGUUUUGAGUUGCUGGGCUUGGCACUGGGUGGAAAGGCCUGCCGUGUCCAGGGUCUUUAGCGACAUUCCCACGUGUUUCUGGCUUUUACCAUGCAGGACUCCCCUUUAGGCCUCCCCGCUGCAAUAACUCUUAGCACACAAGCAGGACAAGGAGCAGAAUUCUUAUCUUCCCUCCUCCAGACAAGAGCCAUCCCAGCACAGGAGGGUUAUGCCUGCUGUGGUGAAUCCAGCUGGAUGUGCACAGUCCCUGAAGGACAGAGCUGACAAGCAGGUCCCUCUGCUGGGUGUCCACUCCCGGGACCAGCCUGUGGUGAGCAGCAGCCCCUUGCCAGGUCUGCACACAGCCCUCUUGCCUUGGCUGUAGGAAAAAGGUGGGAUUUCAUACAGGAUUGCUGCCUCUAGGAACAGAGCAGGAGGGGAACAAGGGUGAUUCAUUCCAGGAGUUUGGGAUGAAUCAGGAUCUGGAAGAGUCUGUUUCCAUGUCCCUCUGAGCCCCCAGAUCCUGGAGCUUAUCAUUCCCUGCAAGGAUUGACAACAUCCUGAAUCCUGACAGGCCAGAAUCAUUGCAGAGAAAGUGAACCUCAGCAUCUACAUCCCCAACAGUUCAGCCUCAGUGGUGAGAGUGAGAGCCAGCUGAGUCCAUCUCAUCCUUGGGUCCUGCAUAACCUGUCUCACAAAGCUCCAUGAGAAGGAACCUCCAGUGUCCUCCUGGAUUGUUUGUACUUUACUGCUGAAAACAAAGCUCACAAACUGCAGCCCAAGUUGCAGAGCCUGAGAGAUGCCCCUGUGAGCUGCCCUGACACCCUGCUGGGGCUUCAGGGCUGUGGGGCUGGUUUUCUGGCUGUGAGAGGGCAAAGCAACCAGGCACAAGUUGUGGGAGCAACUUUCUCUGGGAUUAAUUCUCUCUUCCUGUGUUAUCCCUGCUGCCAGCACUUCUCCUGUGUUUUCUGCCUUGUGCUUUCUUAGUAUUUCCUUCCAGGCUACUUGCCUUUAUGUCAGUGUUGCAGACAACUCUUUCCCUUCAAACCCAUUGGAGUUCAAGGAAACUGGAUAGCAGGACUGCUCAAGAGAUUCACAUUGAUGGAGAAACUGUCAUCAACCACUGAGAAAGAAAAAACGUCCUCCACCAAGUUAAUUUCUGAACAUGGAGCACAUUUGUUGUUCUUUAUACUUGGAACCCUCUCCAGCCUUACCCAUUCCACUUCAUGUUGGUCAGAUGGGCUGGACAGCAGCAAGUGAUAAAGGCAUCUGAGGCACAGAAGAAACACUCUGAAAACAAAGUUUGGAAGAAGCAAAAACUGUUUAAGAGAGAGAGGAGAGAGAAGUGGGAAGGAAGUGGCCAUUGAGCUCAGGGUGCUCUGCAACUUGGCCACCUCUGUCUGUAAGAAGCGCCCUGGCAGCUGAGUGCCAUGGGUGACCUCACUCAAGGCACUGAGGGGUGCAGCAGGCACAGGCCCACAGUUCUGCAGUGUGACAAUGUGACUCUGUGCUUUCACCUGUGGUUCACUGCUGCUGGAAGAGGUGUGGAUACACAAGAACCCUGAAUCUCCAGCAGGAAGUGGGUGGGACCAGAGAACCAGUGUUCCACAAAUGAGAUGUGUUCUUGCAGCUGAACUUCCUGGCAGGCUGGUGGGAGACUGGAGGUUGCAUGGGUCUUUUGGAUGUUUAUGUAUGUGGGGUGAGAUCUUGUGAACAUUAGUUCCAUAAAGAUGCUUAGAAACAUAGGCUCUGACCCAGCCUGCAGCCUGUUGUGCACAAAGUAACAGAAGCAGAGGAUGUCUUCUACAGGGAGCUCAGGCUUGUCCUCACCUGGAAGCAGUUCUGUGCCCUGAUCUUCUGAUGCUUCAGCUGAAAUGGCUGUGCUCUUGCCAUGAGCUCUUCCACUCCUGUGACACUGCACCCAUGCAUUCUACUCCAAAGGGAGGAACCAGCUGAUAGAACAAGGCUGUGUUCCCAUUUAGUCUGUUCCACAUAUGUCUGCAGCUUUUGCAGCCACAACUAAGAGAGAUUUCAUAAUUUGUCACAUACAAGGACUUUGGCACUGCCUAGUGAUCCUUCUGCCCCACAAUGCCAGGUCAUAUGGAACCCCUUUGCUCAAAGCCACAGCCUCCUUUCAAAUGGAAUUCAAUCAAAACAGUGUUGGCAAGUUCUCUGCUGUGCUCUGGAUUUCUGAGCUCAGGAUGCACAUGGGCACUGCACAGGGCAUGGGCAGGGCCCAGACUGAGUCAUAGAUAUGCUUUCCUGGUUUUUGGCUUUUUUUCCUGGUGAUUCUUGGUUCUCCUUUCCAGGCUGUGCUCAGUGGGUUUAGCCCUUUCCUAAGAAAUGCCAAAUAUACCUGCCCAGGUAUGUAUUUUUACAUGCACACACACCGUCUCUGCACGCACCAGAGAUGGAUGGCCAUGUAUGACUUGUGGAACUGCCUGAGGCUGUGCAAAGGGAGACUGUGUGAGCUGCACUGAUGCUCCCCUUCAUUUGUUUUCCUUUGUCUCAAUGAGUUUCUGUUGCAAUGAGCAUCUUGUGAAAUAUCCUGGCAGGGAAAUGAUGAAAAUUCCCCAAUCUCCAUGUGCUGUGGGGUACACCCAGGAUAUGAGGUUUUCAGCACAUCACAUCAGAGCCUGUGACAGGCCCUCACCAGUGUGGGAGGUGGCCUGUGCAGGAGGAAGGCUGUUUGUGGCCACACUGGUAACGGGGACCCUUGGAGAAGAGUGAUCCUCUUGUAGAGGUGAUGGAUCACCAAAGCAGAGUCAGUCCUGGAACUGCAGGUAACCAACCCCCAAACCUUCCUUCCUUUCUGUCCUCCUGCCAAAGGAGAUGGGGAAAAGACAGGGCUGGGAUGGAUCUUGGCCCUGGUGUGGUCACCAGCCUCUUGCCAGAGAAUGGGGCUUAGGACAAGAGGAAAGCAACAGAUGAGGGAAGUGGGCAGUGCCCAGGCUGGCAGAAUGAGCUUCUUCCUAGAGCCAGGGGGAAUGGAAAUGCAGGCAGACUGUGCCCUGCUCUUCCUUUCAGUGGUUUGUCUGUACACAGUGGGGCUGAGGGGUGCCAUCCUUCUGUGAUUCCCCCGGUAAUGCUCUCCGCGUCACGCCGAGCACAAGUCCCUGCUCCCAUCUCUGGUGUCUUGAAGGACAACCCAGCCAGAGCUCUCCCAAGAGCUCCCAAGUGCCUUUUCCCCCUGUGGAAGCAAUCCCUUCUGAUUGUCUGGCUGUGCACACCCUGAACUGGGCAGUCACUCCUUUGGGGGACCGUGCCAUUGCAGAAAGGGGCUCACAGUACGUAGGCAAAAUACAGCUAGUGAGAGAAAGAAGCUGUAAAGUGGGAGGAAGAGGAGGGAGGUCUAGAAAGAGCAUUCAAGGACACACAGGGGUAAAAUGGAAGGCAACAAGGAAGAUGUGUUGAGGAGAAAGGAGGUCUGACAGGACAAAAAGGGAGUGAGGAUUGGGAAAAAUACAGACAUGUCUUGUAAGA